UUUUUUUUUUCUUUUCUUUUUAUGUUAGUGUCUCGCGAAAAUGACAAAUUCACAACAUCCACAUUCAAAAGAUGACAUUUUAUCAUCAUUAGGGAUACAUGAUAUCAUGCAAACCAAAGAAAUCCAAGAUCUGAUGAUAAAAGCUGCUCAAUCCUUAGGCGAACUACCAUACAAUCAUUGUCAAUUACAGAAAGUGGAGGAAGAAGAAGACGAUAUUGACAAUGUCUAUUCUCCAUUAGAUAUAUUGCAAUUAGCACCAUCCCCGUCAGCAACUUCAUCAGCAACUAUUGAUGAUCAUAGCCACUGUAUCGAAAAUGAAAACGACGAUAUAUCAACAACACAUUUUCAAUCAUUAGCAAUACAACAGAUCAAUCAAAUGAAAUCAACUAUAUGUAAUUCAAAUCUGUUACCUGCUGGAUUUUACGAUACCUAUAUAACCUCAUGCCAUAUGAUGCGAACUAUACAGCAACCUCUAUGGACUCUUCAAGAAAACCAACCAUCAUGCAUGUCGAUGAACUCUCCGUGGCGAUUAUCCCAGAAAAUGAAUUUGCUACCCAUGAUCAAUGUACCUACUAUUUCAAAUGUCAAUGAGAAUGUUCUCUCUCUUCUUUCUAAAGAUCGCGUUCAGUUAUGUCCGGAGACAAAAAUGGAUUUGAUCAAGCUCUCUCAAUGCUUCUGUACAGACUCUAUAUAUGAUACCAAGACUCCCGAUCUACCUAUUCCAGCACUUGAAUUUGAUACCAUACAGCCAAUCAGACGACUUUACAAUGCAACAAUCGAUGGAAACGUACCUGUACAGCAUGAAGAACAACAUCAGCAAUUAACACAUGAUGAUGACCAUGGCUACUUUGAUUUUGACGUUAUAUCAUCAUAUGUGUACGAUACAACAAUAAAUAUACCUUCUAUCUCAUCUAAUGACAAAGACGAUAACAUCAACAAGAACCACAAUAGUAUCAAUUUUGGAGAUGACCCUCAUAUUGGUGCCAAAUGUGAUGACAUCGCUUUUACCACCAAAUCCAUCCAAACAACUCCAGCCACAGCAUUAACAUCGACAUCGUCAAACCAUUUUGAUGCACAACAGGAAACUAAAACAGCAUAUACAACCCCGCCCGUAUUUAGUCACUACUGGUCUUCAUCAUCUACUAAAGCAAAAGUACCUUCAUCUGUCCAACCUUGUCCUACUUUACCAUCAAUAUCACCAUCAAUUUUAUCAUCAACAGUAUCGUCACCCAACUUAUCAUUUCAACGAUCAUCAUCUACAGUCUCACUAGCCAAUUCUCUAUUUCAACCAUCACGCAAUGUAUCUUCUCCCGUUCAAUCACCACCAUCCUGUCUUACCAUCAACUUUGGAUCGACUACUUCGAAACAAGUACCAUUACCAAUGUCGUCAUCAUCAUAUAUCCAAAAUGCAAGUGUGGAUCCUGUAAUUAAUGAUGAAGAAGAUACGAUAUCUUUCAAGUCUCUCUCUUUGUUUGAUGAACGUCCAGUGAAUCUGGUAGAGGCUGAAUCAAAUAAAGAUAUCCAGUGCCAUAUGAAAGAAUCAAGUUCCGAGGAUAACAACAGGAUCAAUAACAGCAACAGUUCAACAUUCCAUGGAAAAGCGUUGAAGAUCACUGAGGAUAAACGAGAUCAUCUACUUCCACAGUAUCAUAAAGAUACAAAGACAUCCAGUUUUCCAACUAGUGAUACUUUACCUGAUCAUCAUCCAUCAUUGAUUGCGGAAAACGUUGUAGCGUCCUCGAAGACAUCAUCUAACCCAAUGGCACCAUCAACAGUAACAUCAGCAGCAGCAAAAAUGGCGCAUGACAUGACGAUAGCAUUUCAAGAGGCAAAAUCAUCUUCAUCGGCAAAAACUCCUUUAUUUUCUGCUGGGGAGAAUUUGAUAGACUUUUUGGCAACGCGACAAUGGCAACCAUCCUCAUCUUUCACCAUGGUUAAUUCUAGUGGGUUGCAUUCUAACAACAACAAAUCAACUAAACGAUCAUGGUGCGAACUAGACGAUCCUCGAUACUUGCAAUCAAGAAAGAAGGAACAAUGGAAAUGGGCCAAGAAAAAAACUGGAUGAUUACACGUACGGUGGAUUGUUCUUUUUAUGGCGUAGUAGUAGUAAUAUAUAUUUUUUUUUAUCAAUCAGUUUAUUUUUAAUAAAGAAUGUUGAUAAUACAAAUGAU